AGUUUUCUAAAUUAUUCCGAUAUUUAACUGAAACACUUCUCAUGAAAAUGUCUUUUUUGGCGUUGAUUGUUUUUGCAGUAGGUCUCACGUCGACGAACGCGUUUGUAGUGUCAGGAAAUAUUUCGAACUCUGACGUGUCAACUCUUUUGAAGCUCAUAUCAAACGAACAGUCUAUGAGACUUCAAUUAGAGACCAAACUUCAAAAGCUAGAAGAACAGGUACAAGCACUUACAAACAACUCUGCCGUAGUAAACAAAAAUGGACGCCAAGUUGCCUUUUCUGGAGAACUACAACACAAUAUUGAAACGUUCAAUCGGACGUUGGCCGUAUUAAAGUUUGUUAAGGUCAUCACAAAUAUUGGCAAUGCAUACAAUACAACUACGGGAAUUUUCCAUUGUCCAGUGAGCGGGCUUUACUUGUUUUACUUGAACGUUUUCUCGAAUGAUGUUGAAAAUAUAAUGUUGAGAAUGAUUCAAAAUAAAACAAUUAUAGCAACGGUUAUCAUAAUUAAUGGAAAGGUUAUCAACAGCGGAUCGGACACGGUUGUAGUUCAUGCAGAAAUCGGUGACAAAAUAUAUAUUGAUAUUUUGUUAGGAGAUCAUCAUACUAUCAAUAAAAAAACAAUUAUUUAUGGAAUGUCCUCAUUCACCGGUAUUCUUUUAAAAACCGAUUAACGGACGUAUAAUUUUGUUAACAUUAUCCCUUUACAAUGUUCGAGAAUAUAUUUUGUAUAGCUCUGAAGUAUCAUUGUAAAAUUGCUAUGUAUGCAAUAAAAACAUAUAUAGAGUGUGUUGUAAAGUUAUGACAAUGAUCUUAGAUUUUUAUCCAGGCUCUAUAAAGGCUUAACUUUUGUUGUUUAUUUCAUGAAAUUAUCUCCUGUGAAUACGAUAAAAGCACGUUGUAUGCAUCUUUAAGUCUAAUAUCUAGUUUCUGACAUGAACUGAUGAUCUUAAAUGUAUCUGAUGCUGAAAGUAUUUAAUCAAACUCCUAAUUUAUAGUUGAAAAUCCCAUGUUUUUCCUGCUUAUUUGAAUAUUUUUUUAGAUAUUUUUGUUUCACCUGUAGUCUGCUUUGUUUAUAUCAUUUGGUUAUUGAAACCAAUAAAAUGCCAAUAAACCAUACAUGAAG